ACAUAGCUAAGAAAAAACCUUCAUGCAGCUAACUUCUCUCUCCUCUCUCUCUCUCUCUCUCAUGGCUGCCGCCAAAAAGGGAAGAAGAAAACACAGUAGAUGCAGCUUCCUCUGCUCCUUUGCAACCUGCUUCGGCGUUUCCAACAAAGUCUCCGCCGAUCACAGCGACAGAAAAUCGGUCUCCGCCCGCGCUAUUCCGGUCAACGAUCCGCCGGAGACCGCGAAGACUUCGACCAGCGAAAUCCACGAUGUCGAACAACACGAAGAGGAAAAGAAGAAGAGGAAGAAGAUCGCAAUUUCAUCUGCAGAUCAACCAAUCAUCACUAGCAAGAGACACGAAAAUCGAGAUGAAUCAAUUGCGAUAACGACGAUCUCGAUUGUAAAAUCGGCGGAAGAAGAGAUCGGCGCCGUGAAUCCGGCGGCGACGAGCCGACGCAAGCUGUCGCACUCGGUUUCCCUGCCUCCGCCGCAUCGGAGGAAACAGGCGGCGGGCGGCGACUUCGAGUCGACGGUUGGCGCAGUGAUCGUGUCGGCGACGUUGGUGGUGAUGGUGAUUUGGGGGAAAUUUUGGGCGAUUGUGUGCGCGACGGCGUGGUUUUACUUGGUGCCUCGAAUUAGGGCGAAAAUGGAGGAAUCAAACGGCGAGAAAUUGAAGAGCGGUGAAAGGGAGGGUGUUGAUUUUGAUUCGUGGGAGUAUAAGAAAAAGGUUGUUUUGGAAGGAUUGCUCCAUCGGAAUCAAAAGCUAUGACUCUGAGUAACUGAUUUUGCUUUUGGAAUUAUACCUUUUUUUUUUUUUUUUUUUUUUUUUUUUGGGUUUAGUUUUGAUGGAGUUUGUUAAUUGGGGUGUUUGUGAAUGUUAGGUUACACAUACUAACUUGGAUCAUCAUUUAUGAUCACCAAUGUAGCUCAAUUUGAAGUUGAGAAUUAUUUGUUUUAUUUUACAAAUUUUGUUUGAUUCUA